AUGGUUCCGUCCCCUUCCUCUCAUCCGGCGAGUCGUCGCCCAUGGACGUGGAGCGCUCGUCGGCGAGAGGAGGGCCGCGGUGCGUCCACGGCGCAGGCCAACCUGAGAAGGAUCGUCGCCGUCAUAUCCACGGUGCCUCCGCCGCAGCCCUUCCCCAAUGCCUUCCCAUCGGAGUUCUUUGCCCCAACGCCGCCGCCGACUCCAGCGACGGGUGGAAGAAGAGAAAGCCGCGAGCUUUCUGGUAGGUCUGACGGCCAGGGUGUGCUCGUCGACCUGCGGCUUCGGCUGGGCACUGCGUGGGAGGAGGAUCACGAAGCGGGGCUGCUCAGCAGCGCCUGUAGCGCCGUCGGCGAAGAGACGACGAACGCCGUUGUGGUGGUGGUGGCGGUGGGCGGGAACUCGCCGGCGCCUCCGAAGACAGCGGAGUCCGAGGAGCUUGUCUCGGGGAGCUUCCACAGAGUGCGCGAUUCGGGGCUUCUGGUCGUCAAUUCUUUCAGCGGGAGGAGCUCCGAGGGCGAAUGCGACGCCGAUGGCGCUGCGCACGAUGUAGGCGCCGAGGAGGAGGAAGAAGAGGAGGUGAAGGAAGUGCGGGGAAGGAAGGACGAAGAGGACGAAGACGGAAGGCCAUCGUACUCGGAGAUCACGAAUGUCCGAGAGAACGCGAGUGGAGGAGAAGAGGAAAGCGACGGCUCUGAAGAUGCGACGGUCGGAGGGAAGAUGAAGAAUGGCGGUGGCGGUGUCGGUGCCGGCGGGAGAGGGAAGGAGAAGAGGUGCAGACGAGGAGACGAGGGCUACCUUGGGCUUCUCCUGGAGGCCGUCCGGCAGGUCUCCGGCGAGCUCUUUGGGAUCGACGAAGUCGAGGAAGAAGAAGCGGAGGACGAACCAGGAGGGAAACCAGGGAGCGCGGGGAAGAGCGAGAAGGAAGAAGGGACGUGCUUCCCGGGGGCGGUGGCGGCAGCGGCGGCGUUAGGCCCAGUAGUACGUUCGAAGCGCGGUCGGAGCCAGGUGCUGCCGUCAAGGUACCGGGACUCCGUGCUCGAGCCCUGGCGGAAGCAGCCCGGCGGCGGCGGCGGCGGGCACCACCACCUGCAGCGACGGCGGCAGGGGAGGACCGUGCGGUAA